GCAAAAGUAUCAAAGCAAGAGGAAAAAAAAGCGCCAGAAACUGACUGUCCCCUCCUCCCCCUCCUCCUCCACUGCCUUUAACACUGGCACCGCUAGCGUUAGGCGUAUGCCUUAUCAAAGUGCCGACGUGAACGAAGCGUCCUUUUCUCACCUAUCCGUGCAAGCUCGACGAGCCCCAGCGAUGUGAAAUUUAAGAGUGCACGCACGGGUUAGCGUUUCGCCCUCGAAAUGCGGUGUGUCGGCGUGGAAGAUCACACUACUACGAGUGCAGCGGUGGACUCUUGAUGUGGACGCCUAUUCGGAUGAAGGGUCCGCUAUGCUCUGGCAUCUCCUCCAAGCGCUCGUCUCGCUCCAACUUGCGUCCGCUGUUCUCCCCACCGAAGAUCCACCAAGCAUUGUCAUCUUUCCCCGGGACCAGACGGUGGUGACCGGUCGGGUGGCAGUGUUCGUAUGCACAGCCGUUGGCAACCCACGACCACAGAUCGAAUGGCGCAAGAACGGCAAGCGCGUCUCCACCAACCGCUACACGGUGACAGAGAUGACGGGGGGGUCGGUGCUUCGCAUCGACCCCGUCCGCGCCGGCAAGGACAACGCCACCUACGAGUGCCUCGCUGAAAAUGGUGUCGGUGAGCCCGUAAGGGCUCAGUUCACACUCACUGUACUUGAAGAGAACCAGAUUCCACCGGGCUUCCCGCACUUCAAGCUACUGCCCAACCUUCAAGGUGUGGAGCGCAACCGCAGUGCACUGCUUCCCUGCAAAGCGGAAGGAGACCCUGAACCCAGGCUCUCCUGGCUCCGGAAUGACAUCCCCGUCGACAUGUCCAAUCCGCGAUACUCCCUCGCGGCUGCUGGUUCACUACAGAUUUUCGAUGCCCAGGAGGAAGAUCAGGGCAACUACGAAUGCAUUGCAGAGAACAGCGUGGGCACUGCCAUCUCGCCCAUGGCAACCCUCUUCGUGCGUGUGCGGCGGGUGCCUCCGUACUUCUCGAUUCCGCCGGAGUCAACUUACGAAGUAUCUCCAGGGGCCACACUUAACCUAACGUGUGUGGCCGUGGGAUCACCCAUGCCAUUUGUGCGUUGGCGCAAAGGUCACAUGGACCUGACUGCCGACAGUGAAGUGCCCGUGGGCCGCAACGUUUUGGUGCUGGAAAAUGUUCGCGAGUCGGCCAAUUACACCUGCGUGGCUGGCUCCACGCUCGGCAGCAUUGAACACGUCUCGCAAGUGCUCGUCCAAGCCCUACCUCGGUCGCCCACCAACCUGGCAGUGUCGGACGUGACGGCCACUUCGGUUCGACUGUCAUGGUCAUACGAGGGCAGCGGCUCGGACAACAUUCGCUAUUACGUGGUGCAGUACAAACCCCGCCAGGCCAACCGCGAGUACAGCGAGACGAGCGGCAUCACGAUGCCUUACCACCAUGUCCGGGACCUGAGCCCAUACACGGAGUACGAGUUUUACGUCAUCGCCGUCAAUGAUCUCGGCCGAGGCUCUCCAAGCGUGCCAGUCACCGUGACAACAGGGGAAACAGAGCCCGGCAGUGCGCCUCGAAACUUGCAAGCACGAACUUUGAGCUCAAGCACCGUGGUUGUGCAGUGGGACCCUCCAAAGGAACCGAAUGGCCAGGUCAUGGGCUACAACGUGUACUACACGACACAGCCCAGUAUCCCCACCCAGUCGUGGAGUGCGCAAACGGUCGACAAUAACCAGCUGACGACCAUCAGCAAUCUGACGCCGCAGACCAUCUACACCAUACGGGUGCAGGCAUUCACAAGCCGUGGCCCGGGUCCAUUCUCAUCGCCCGUGCAAGUCAAGACCCAGCAGGGCGUGCCGAGCCAGCCGCGCAACUUGAAGGCGGGGGCAGUGUCACCGACGGCCAUCCAGCUGAACUGGACGCGUCCCCUGGACCCGGCCGAGACGGUGGUGGGCUACGAGCUCUACUGGAACGACACGUUCACUCAGCAGCAGGAACAGCGCUCCCUGCCGGACAGUCAGAGCUUCCUCCUCGAGGGGCUCUACCCGGACACAGUGUACUACAUCUGGCUGGCGGCCCGCUCGCGUGCGGGUGAGGGUGCCGCCACGCCACCCCUGCCUGUGCGGACGGACCAGUACGUUCCGGGUGCACCGCCGCAGCAGGUACGCGGCGUCGCUCUCGACUCGCGCUCGCUGCGCAUCAGCUGGGAGCCACCACCACGUGAACUGCACAAUGGCGCCAUCACAUACUACAAGGUGAAGUACAUCCGUGCCGAUGCGGCCCCGGGAGCGGCGCCCUACGAGGCGCUGAAGGGCCCCGCCGAGCUGUCGCACACCGUCACGGGAUUGGACAAGUGGACCCCCUACCGCAUCUGGGUGCUCGCCGGCACGUCCGUCGGAGACGGCCCCGGCUCUUCACCAGUUCUCGUGCGCACCGACGAGGACGUUCCAGGAGAGCCGCGGACGGUUAAAGUGACAGCGCUGAACAGCACAGCACUGGCCGUCUCAUGGAAGCCACCGUCCAACCGGGACCGAAACGGGCUUAUCCGCGGCUACCAGAUUCAUGUGCAGGAGAUGAACCGUCACGGGGACCUCAUCAACGAGCCUCUGCGAUACGACGUUGCCGACGAGACUGCCGAAGAGUACAACGUGACGGGGCUACAGCCAGACACAGAGUACUCCGUCCAAGUGGCUGCCGUGACUCGCAAGGGCGACGGUUCGCGCAGCCGUCCCAAAAUGGCCCGAACUCAUGGUGGAGUGCCCACUCGCCCAGAGCUAACAGCCCGAAUCCACACUGAGGACCAGCCCCUUCGUGUGGAGCUCCACUGGUCUCGGCCAAACCACACCUACGGGGAACUGCUCCAGUACAGGCUGCGCUACGGUCGCAUGGAUGGUGGCGCUCUGGAAGAACGCGAGAUUGAGCCCAUGGACCAGCACAUCACCGUGGAUAACCUCGCACGAGGGGCGAGGUACGAGUUUCGCCUUUCUGGCAGGAACUUGCUUGGAUGGGGUCAAGAAGCCAUCACGUUUGUCAGCACACCAGAAGGAGAGCCCACGUCGCCCCCGCAAAAUGUGACCUUCCGACUGCAAAGCCCCACCACCGUGGUGUUCACCUGGGAGCCUCCCAUCCCCGUGCAUCGCAAUGGUCACAUUACCCACUACAGCGUCCAGUUCCGGCGGCGGUCGUCAGACUUCAGCGCCGACGACCGCAACACCUCCCACACUCGGGUUGUGUUCAGCUCCCUCGAUGAGAAGACAGACUACAUCAUGCGGGUACGUGCCUGCACGGCCAAGGGCUGCGGUCCCUGGAGUGAAAACCUGACGGCCAGCACUCCGGGAGACAUUCCGUCGGCUCCCACCAACGUGCAAGCCGUGGCAACUUCAGACCAGUCCGUUGAAGUCUGGUGGGACGAGAUGCCCUACUUCAGGGACAUCCUUGGUUAUCAGGUGCUGUAUGCGCAGACGGCUGUGGAAGACCUGGAUCAGUGGGCCGUGAAGAAAGUGCCCCUCACCUGGUCGGCCGAACUGACGAGCCUCGAAAGCCACACCGUGUAUGCCAUAAGAGUGGCCGCAUACACGCGGGAAUCGCUCGGAAAGCUCUCUGACCUGGUGACUGUUAAGGUCACACCCACAGAUGUUCCAACACAACUGCGAGCAUAUGGCGUGACCACCCACGGCAUGAUCUUGUCUUGGCGACCACCCACUCGUCUGGACUACAUUAAGUUUAAUAUCUCGUACAGUGCACACAAAGAGUUCUACGACAGCCGAGGCAGCCCACAGGAGCUUCCGAUUCCACCGCAGAGCGUCCUGUUGGAAAUUGGCACGACAAACUUCACCAUCGAAAACCUGAUCCCUUUCACCAGCUACAAAGUCAACCUAACGGCCGUGCCCCGUGAUGGGUCGUACCGCCCGCCAGCCAAGAUCAUGGUCACCACCGCCAUGGCUGCGCCUAAGCCAAUGGUCAAGCCAGACGCACUCUGGCCAAUCAGCAACGGUGAUGAGAUCACUGUCAUCCUGCCCAAAGCAUCGGAAGAGUACGGUCCCAUCAAGCAGUACUACCUUGUCGUCGUCCCUUCAGAGUUUGCCACCAAGGAGCCGGACGAUUACAAGAUAGAAGAGUUGAUGUCCACACCUCUGGAUGAAGACGGUCCCUACAUAGCCGCAGCAUUUGUUCGCCAGAACAUGCCUGAACGAUUUGUUCUGGGUGAUAUGAAAGUGAACGGCGGGUUUCGGAACCGCAAGCUUCAGCCGUACCGGCGAUAUCGAAUUUUCGUACGGGCUGUUGUGGACACUUUGCAAAAGAACCUGUUCACAACAAGCCCGUUCUCAGACGAGCUGAGCCUAGAGAUGCUGCCACAAGUCCGGCUUCCCUCGGCCGACGACGUGCCUAAUGUGUCGCACAUUGAGCGUGCUCGUACCGAUGUGGGCUGGAUCAUCGGUCCCGUGCUGCUCAUUGUCUUCAUGGCCCUCUUCCUCACGCUCUUUUUCAUCCUCAUGAAAAGGUCAGCACCGAGGAGACGGCAGCAGGCAAAGGCACCUGCGGGGGAGACGACCAUGAAGCUGCUGAUGAACUCGGGGGACCUGGCAUCCUCCCACCCGGGCGGUGUCGGGGGAGCGGGGACGGACCCCGUGGAACUCCGGCGCCUCAACUACCAGACUCCUGCAAUGGUUGGCCACCCGCCCAUUCCUGUGAGCCAACUGGCCUCGCACAUCGAGACGUUGAAGGCCAGCGACAACUUGCGCUUCUCCCAGGAAUAUGAGUCGAUCGAUCCGGGCCAGCAGUUCACCUGGGAGCAUUCGAACCUAGAGUCGAACAAGCCCAAGAACCGGUACGCCAAUGUGGUCGCCUACGACCAUAGCCGCGUGGUGCUGCAGCCCAUCGAGGGCAUCCCGGGCUCAGACUAUAUCAACGCAAACUACUGCGACGGCUACCGCCGCCGCAACGCCUACAUUGCCACCCAGGGACCACUUCCCGAGACGUGCGGUGACUUCUGGCGCAUGGUCUGGGAACAGCACAGCAUCACCAUAGUCAUGAUGACAAAGCUGGAGGAACGGACGAGGGUCAAGUGUGACCAGUACUGGCCAUCAAGAGGCUCUGAAAGCUAUGGCCUCAUGGAAGUGACCCUGGAGGAUGUUCAGGAGCUCGCGACAUACUGUAUUCGGACAUUCAGCCUAAAGAGAUCUGGUUACCUGGAGCGUCGCGAAGUGCGGCAGUUCCAGUUUACAGCGUGGCCAGACCACGGUGUUCCUGACCACCCAACUCCUUUUCUCAUGUUCCUCAAGCGCGUGAGAGCGAUGAACCCGCCAGAGGCUGGCCCCCUAAUAGUUCAUUGCAGUGCCGGUGUGGGCCGGACGGGCUGCUUUGUGGUGAUCGACUCGAUGCUCGAGCGCAUGCGGCACGAGGGCACGGUGGACAUCUAUGGCCACGUGACGUGCCUGCGGGCGCAGCGCAACUACAUGGUCCAGACGGAGGACCAGUACCUGUUCAUCCACGAUGCACUGCUGGAGGCCGUGCUGGCGGGCAACACGGAGGUGCCCGCCCGUGCCCUGGCCGCCCACCUUCAGUCUCUGCUCCAGCUGGUGCCCGGUGAGGCCUGCACGGGCAUGGAGCUCGAGUUCAAGAAGUUGGCCAACAUGAAGACGCAGGCCAACAAGUUUGUCAGUGCAAACCUCCCCGUGAACAAAUUCAAGAACCGGCUGAUGAACAUCCUGCCUUAUGAAUCAACCCGAGUCUGUCUACAGCCCAUAAGGGGUGUGGACGGGUCGGAUUACAUCAAUGCAAGUUUUAUUGAUGGUUACCGGUACCGCAAUGCGUACAUAGCGACACAGGGACCCAUGGUGGAGACCACGGAAGACUUUUGGCGAAUGGUCUGGGAGCACAAUUCCAACAUUAUCGUUAUGCUUACCAAGCUGAAGGAAAUGGGCAGGGAAAAAUGCCACCAAUACUGGCCUUCGGAGCACUCCCAGCGGUACCUUUAUUACGUGGUUGACCCAAUAACAGAGUACAACAUGCCUCUGUACAUCCUGAGGGAAUUCAAAGUCACGGAUGCCAAGGAUGGACAAUCGCGGACCAUCCGCCAGUUUCACUUCACCGACUGGCCCGAGCAGGGCGUCCCGAAGACAUCCGAAGGCUACCUCGAGUUCCUCGGCCAGGUGCACAAGACCAAGGAACAAUUUGGACAGGAGGGACCGAUCACGGUUCACUGCAGUGCGGGUGUUGGCCGGACGGGCGUGUUCAUCACGCUGAGCAUCGUGCUGGAGCGCCUACAGAGCGAGGGUGUCCUAGACAUAUUCCAGACGGUGCGCACGCUUCGCACCCAACGCCCGGGCAUGGUCCAGAGUGAGGACCAGUACCAGUUCUGCUAUAGGGCUGCGUUAGAAUACAUGAGCAGCUUUGACCACUAUGCAAAUUGAAAACUCAAGAGCAGCGCAAACAAGCAGAGCUCCUUGGCCCGCAUACCUGUAUGUUCAUUCCUCCCCCCCCCCCCCUUUCUGUUCCUUGUGCGCUCACGGCACGUGCCACUGUAAGGACAAAACAAAGUGCGUGUGCCUGAUGUGCGGGGGAAGUGCUGGCACAGUUCUGCGGGGAGGAGCGAACCUCCUGACUUUGCGCACAUGCCUCUUCGACGUCUGCGCCUUGCGAGAUUUUAGUUUUAGCUUUCCUGUCAUUUACGUUCCAACAGUCCUGCGUCAUUGACAUGGGUGUGGCGGCUUUUGUAUCAGUUGCAUCUCAUUUUCGAAAGAACGGUAUCCGAAAGUUGCGUUAUUGUUGGGACGCGUGCAAAGUGCAUCAGUGAAGUUACGAUGACACGCUCUAUUUCGAUCUCUCCUGAACCGAAGUGGAAUCUAUUGCUGUUUUAUCUUAUUAUCUGAGUGAACAUACAGUGCCGUUACACAUCUGGGAAGAGACGUGCAUCGUUACUGAAUUCGGUAGUAUUUCAGCUAUGCUUUUUUUUUUGUUGUUGUUGUUAGAGUGACCACCGGUCGGAUCUCAUUUUCAUUGUAAACCCCGUAUGGCUGUAAGUUGCACCUGCGCCCAUAGCAGCACAGAAAAAUCGCUUAAAAGGCGACCUGAAAUAUUCAUGACACCACUGUGUUCACUAGUAAAAAAAGCAUCGCAGGAAAAUGUGCCCCAGCAACCUUGGGUGCACUACCGUGUCACAGGCAGAAGUGAUAAGAAAAAUUGAUCCGACUCGGUCAGAGGAGGUGGCAAUCGUUGAGGAAUUGGCGGCAGGUGUUGUCGCCGUCUUGCUUCCUAGUCACUCAGGUUAACCACUUUCUGCAUUUCACGGGAAGGAGAGUCGGCGGGGAGGCACCGUGAGAAGACAGCCCUCUCUUUGUGACCUUCUCUCUUUGCCGCCUCUCUAUGAUAGCUUUACAGAUAUACAUAGCGCUCAAGAUUGUCGGAGCAAAAUGGUGGGAGGGUGAGCGUGACCUAAAUAUUCUGCGAGCGUCUUAACGAAGAAGAUCAAGAACCGCCUUCGUUUUCUGACGUCCCUACCUCGAAGUCGCGUAACGUUUACUUUGCAAACUCUGCGAGUCAAUGAAUGCUUAAUUUUUCACCUCUUCCCCUCCUGCCCUUGUUGCUCAGAUAUUCGUCAAGGCAAUAGCAGCAAGAAUUUUGUUGGAAACUCCGUUCAGCUAAGGCUCAGAAAGCAAGAAUUCCACACUCCCGUUUCAAGUUUAUCCGUUCCCUGCAUCUGCUUCCCCACUUCGCGGCGUUCUUUUGGCAUCUGUGUUGAUGCUUUUAUGUUUCGGCGUCGCGCGCAAGCGCAUUCUUCCGCACGGGCCUGGCGCGGCACAAAACCGCGGCCGUUGUGUCUGGCCGUCGAGCUAAUGUAGCGUUCGAUAGGCUUUUUUUUUUUUUUCUUUAUCGCCUUCAUCUUUCAUUGUACCAUACCGCCAUCACAGUAUCACACAUUCACAGUGCUAUAUGUUUAUAUUGUGUUUGGAACGUGGGAGUGUGUUCUAAGUACGAUUUCAUGUACAUAGUCAGUUGCACCCAGGUUCAUGCAUGAUAGAGGAGAAUGAACUGACGCUUUGGAGAGCACGGUGCGGUUUUUCGGUGGCUGGAGCGGGGAGUGGUCACAUGGCGACAAGCAUGUUGCAAACCCGGGAUUGUAAGGCUACUCUCGCAUAACACCGAGGGCUGGUUGGAAUAUCGGUAAAGGAAAGUGUCGAUAAUUGAGCAGCUCUAAAUGGUAUUGAUAGGAGUAUGCAGCCGCGGCGUCUGAAAGUAGGUGCGGCACCAUCUGUUGCAAGCGUCGACUGCAAAAGGUUACGAAUUUCAUGAUGCCGUUGCAAGCGCGUGCUGAAAAACUUUUAUCUUUCUUACAGAGAUGAUCUUCUUUUGGCAUGUCGCUCUAGCAGAGCUUCAAUCGCUGCCGCAGCAGGCGUAAAAACAUUCUUUUUGCUGCAUGUUCAACAGAUGGUGCUACGUCACAGGCAGAUGCUGGCUGCAGCGAAGCGCAGUUUUGCGAAGGUUUUGCUUGUAAUUAAUUGUGCGCUCGUUUUUCUUUUUUUUUUUUACGUAGGUCACUAUUUCAAUUUAGGCAGCCUGUUUGCUGUAACUGUGUGCUCGGAGAAAAUUUGUUUUUCAUUGCUGCGUGGCUUAAUGCCUUCUUAGAGUGUUUUGCUUCUCCUGUUAUUUAUACAUUUUUAACUCCUCUCUCUUGUGUUGCCUUUUGCAAGUCUUUUGUGAGAUUGUGCUGUUAUGACGUGCGUGGGAUAGAGGCCUGUGUGAAUGCACAUAUUUUAUUAUUUCUUUUGUGCACUGUUGACUUUGUACAAUGCUUUCUUUUAGCUGUUUUGUCGCAUUUAUGGCAGCUCUUUCUUUCUCUACGUUAGUUGUGUGAACGUACAAGCAUAGAGGCUUUCAGCUGUCUUUUUUCGAUUUAGGAGAGCGUACCCCAUUUUCGCUCGUGUUAUCCACCCUAUAAGUUCAGGAAACUUAAGUACAAAGUUUGGGUAUGUGUAGUGUAAGUGCUUAUCCUCAUCGUGGGACGUGAAUGCAAUGCAACACCACUUCUUGCUUUAAAGCAUAGCACCAGUAUUGUCAGCAACACACUAUACAAGAAACACAUUUUUUUCAUAGCUAUGCUUUGUCCAUUUGGUUGUCGAUUUUUUUAUUAAUCUUUUUUUUACCAUGAUUCAGCAAUUGUGCCCAGUCAUUUGCGCAAGUAUGUAGGCAUUGCUAUUCAUCUCUUCCUGUAAGAGUUGUAAUUGGUAUGCGCUCAUAGAGUGGGUUAUACGUGCGAAACUGCGGUAUAGUACACAUUUUCUUUUUCACUAAGCAUGCCUGUGGUGUGCAGAAGAGAAAGAGAGAAGCUGUGUUUGUACCUUUGUGUUCGAUGCUGGUUUGUGUGCGUGCGCAAUUCUGUUACAUUAACAGAGAAGCCCUUUGUAAGUUGCAACCAGGUAGCUAUUUUUACCCAGAAGUGGCGGCGUUUCGUCCGGCUUCACGCCGAAGGUACAUAGGGGAACACCUCGGCAUCUUUUACCAACUCGCGCGUGCUCCCCGCUUAUUUUGCAUUUUGGGCACCCGCUCGUUUUGCAUUCGAGGGAGGAGACACAAAGAGAAACCGCUUUCUACUGAGCCAGCCUGUGCUCUUGUACAUAAACCGUGCACGUGACUUAGAGCUGUAGCGUUUAAAUGCUGCCGCCAUAACGGAAGUUUUCUCUCGAGGUUGCCGCCCCAUUGUUGCACUUUGGGGGGGCGAACUACCCCAAUCGACACAGACGACGUCGAGCUCCUCUGCGGUUCUUUGGGAGGCGCUCGCUGGCGGACCGACACAUAAUCACGGGUUGCAUGUCACAACCUCCGAGAGCUUCUUUUUAGGGACAUAUCAUCACGUAGUGGUUUCUUCUCUUUCGCCGACUCCUGUACAGCGGCUGCCGAUUCAUAGCCUCGUCAAUCCUUACACACUGACAUACUUAAAUGAGGUUGUGACGUAAGCGUGCUGCGCCAAGAAGUGAAAUAGGCUCUUCAUUUUACCGUGUGCUCGUCAAACGUGUGUGUGGUGAAGUGUUGUUGGGAGAGAACCGUGGUGCCCUAUAUGAACCUGCACGCCUCGAAAAUGUGUGUCGUACGGGAAUUUAGUGCCACUAGAUGACGCUUGGUGCAGUAGUGCGAGGUGUGUGGUGACUGCCAGGUUCACUACAUGUGGUUACAUCGUCGCACUUACUAUUUGGUGGCUAGCAAUCUGAAAAAGUUCCUUUUGCAUACUUCUUUUUACACUCUUGUGUUUUUAAGGCUUUUGGAAAGCAUUCGGCAGUUUGUCUGCUUAUUUUUUUUUUUCUGUUUUAUAAUUAUACCACUGUCGUUGCAGUAGCCCGCAGUAGUAAUGGCAGCACUUUGCUGCUCAGAGAACAAAUUACGGAUUGUUUUUACGUGCUUUUUCCACAGACUUGUUUAUGUCUACAAUAGCAGCUAGUAUCACCACAAGUUUAGCCUUAUGCUGCAUGAUCAAAUAGAUACGUUUUGCAAGUGGCAAGUUAUUUAUUUUGUGUACUCUGUUCGUUUGGGAAUGUUGACUUUACGACUUUUACAAACAUCUUGCAUAUCCAAAAGGCGAUGUGCGGAGUCACCAUCGUUGGUGUAAAACCGUUGCGCUUUUCUUUUUUUUUUUUUCUUUGCCAUCUUGGUGCGAAACUUUUGCGAAACGAGUGACAACUAGAGGGUGUACUGACUAGAAGUCGUAACGGUCACCAAAGAGAGGUGAAUGUAGCGCAAAUGAAACUGCAUACAUCCAGAAACUUCAAGGCCAGAGCCUUGAAGAAAAAAUCUAACACUCUCUCUCUUUUGGGAUAAAACUCGCUGUGUUGCAAAAAGCCCACAGAGGCACGAGCUGCUCCAAAUAAUUGCGUGUUCCUCCCUGUGCCACAAGAGUGGCUCGUGUCUGUUGUAGUGUAUUCAAUAAACAUGUGCAAGGACUCUCGA